CCUAGGCCGUCAUUGAAAAUAAUAAUUUGUUUUUAACUGACUUGCCUAGUAAAAUAAAAUGGAGGUCGUGAGAGGAAACAUUCCUGAUUCAAAGCCUAAUUUCUUGCUGACAUAGAAUUCUAACCAAUUCCAUGUUGGGUUUCCAGGCAAAUGCGACAAUUGCCUGUUAUGGUGCGUUUCCAUUCAACUAUCUUGUCUUGUCGAGAAAAACAGCUGGACAUAAUGACUUCACACUUUUGUUUAACACUUUCGCUAAAACCUACAGUGUCGAAUAAAAAUGAAGUGGUUUGUGUUUCCAUUACCCAUUUAAGCAAGUUGCGCAUUAAUAAGUUGUCGACAGCCCGUAUACCCACCUAUAUGUUUCAUGUCUCAGGUAGCCCGUGAAAGCCAGCAUGGAUAGAAUGCAAGAAUUGACUAAUAUUUGCCAUAUUCUAAUAAUUAAUGUGCCAACAUAUCGCUAUGGUCCAUGCAGCUCUCUCUAACUCUAGGUGGCAUUCUGCCUUCUCCCUACAUGUUCCAGUGAUUAGCGUCUCUAACAACUGGUUCGUGUGAACUACAAUCUCGACACUGUGUUUUAACGUUUAGAAACAACAACCACUGCUACUCUGUCAUCUAUGCAUUGUCACUUUAAUAACUCUACAUGUACUUACCACCUCAAAUAACCACGCCCCUGCACAUUGACUCUGUAUCGGUACCGCCCUGUUUAGUCUCCCUGUUAUUUCAUGCUGCUCUUUAAUUGUUACUUUUCUCUUAUUCUUAUUUUUUAAACUGCAUUGUUGGUUACGGGCUUGUAAGUAAGCAUUUCACCUGUUGUAUUCGGUGCAUGUGACUAAUACGAUUUGAUAAUCAUCGCUCUCGAAACAUAUGGCCCUUUCAUUAGCGAGAAAAAAAUACUUUAAAUAAAAAAGAAUUUGCACAGAUUCAUACAGAUAUGGGUGCCUCCCAUAUACGCUUCGAACACACCGACCGUGUCAUUGCGCAAAAUGGUAUGCAGCAUCAUCUGGAUAAAGUUCAACAUUGACCUUCUGCUACCAUUUCUGUCAAGCCGUCUACACUUACAGUUUGACGCAUACGUUCAACGUAUGCACCACACCGAACGCACUGCAACUGCCUCCGCAACCCUAUGCUGCAAGGCAAACUCAACGUUUCAUUGUGUCGGUGUGUUCAAAGCAUAGCAAUGUAGCACAGGUGGUCACCUCUGUUUUCUGUAAACAAACGCUGUAACAUGGAUAUAAUAUGGCCAUGUGGGACCACUAAUCCUAUGAAGGUUUUUUUUUAAUAAGUUAUUUAUGUUUCCAAAACGGUACCUUAAGCUAGGCUCUUAACAAAACUCCCUCGGUCAGAAGAUACUAUCAUAAAUAGGAGCAAAAGCAGUUGGCGUCUAUGAAUGGGGUAAGUGCAAUGAUGUGUAUGUAAACGCUGGAUUGCUGAUGCUAUGUAUGGGCCUCUAUUGUCAUCUAGUGUGUGUGUAAAAAUAUAUACUGUAGAUCAUUGGGUAACUUGCUCUCCUGUAGAUCCUAAAUAAUUGGAUGGCGAAACUUGCCAGCCAACCAGAAAAGCAAGGCAAAGCAAUUCAGGCAUUCUUGAACUGUUAGGAAAAUCAGUCCUAAAAAUAAAUGUAAUUUUUAGUUGAAAAAAUGGUUUUUGCAGGCAGUAGGGAUUUACAAUUAAAUGUGGAGUUUUAUAUAUAGUUACGUGAUGACAUAACGUGCCCCGCGUACCUUCAACAUUAUCCUGCUAUAAUUUCUUUGAAAAAAAACACUUUCAUCAUGUCUCGUAGUAAAGAAAGUUUGUCAAAAGACAAAUCUACCCAUGUCGAACAGAUACAAAUGUUGUUGUUUACAAAAGUUCUCCUAGAUCUGCCGUUUCCAUUACACAUGUCGCAAUUAUAUUUUUUGCGACAUUGCUGGGUCAAUGGAAACCUGCCUACUUUCGCCAAAACUAAACAUUUCACUUCAUUUUGUGUGUGUGUACGUGCCAUCGUACCUACAGAUAAAGCACUGUAUAUGGAUCCUCAUAUCAGUGUUAAAGACGAACCCACUAGUGAUGAUGACGUUACACACAGCUGGUGCAACCCUGUCCAGCCCUCACAAAUGGACUACAGUCAUGAAGGUGCUGUUGGUAAGUCUGAGUUGGAACCAGAGGACCUUCCAGGGCUCAGUGAAGCAAGAAAACCAACAUUCAAUGUGAUUGUCAAAGAGGAUGAGGAGGAUGAGGACAUGGUUGACCGAGGUUCAGACUCCGACUACACACCUAGUCCCACUGUGGUAGUGAAGGUGGGAGAACCCAAACCACCAACGAAGAAUAAGAACACAGUAAAGAAACUUCACCAGUGCCCCGACUGUGGUAAAACCUUUGAGAGGCUGUCGCGUCUGAAGAGGCACGAGCCAUCACACUUGAGGAAGAGCAAGCACCCGUGCCCUGACUGCAACCAGUCUUUUGGCAACCUCUCAGUCCUGAAGAAACACAGUGCAACACACAAGAGCACCGAGAAGCUGACUCACCAGUGUCAACAAUGUGGCAAGACGUUUGAGAAGCUAUCGCGCCUCAGAAGGCACCAGCCCAUACACCAGAGGAGAAAGAGGAUGGACCACCCUUGUCCUAAAUGUGGCAAAACCUUCAAGAAGUUAUCCGGCCUGGUUCUGCACGAGCGAGGACACACCGGAGAGAAACCGUUUCCUUGCUCCCAGUGCGGGAAGAGCUUUGCUGACAACCGUCACCGGAAAGUGCACGAGCAGGCUCACCAAGGGAAGCUGGAGAGACCCCACCGCUGCGCUGACUGCGGGAUCUGCUUCCCCAAACCAUCCGAGCUUCGACGGCACCAACGUGCACAUACGGGAGAGAAACCGCACCGCUGCCCUGACUGUGGGAAGGCCUAUUCCCGGUCAGAGACUCUGAAGAGGCACCUUCUCAUCCACACUGGGGAGAGACCUCACCUCUGCGCCGAUUGUGGGAAAAGCUUCAUCGACUUGCAGCAGUUGAAAUCCCACCAGCGGAUUCACACAGGAGAGAAACCUUUCCACUGUCCCGUGUGUGGGAAGGGUUUCUCACAGAGGGGUAACAUGAGGGCACACCAUCGGACUCACACAGGGGAGAAACUUCACCACUGUGCCGACUGCGGGGCCAGUCUCUCCACAUCUUCUAGUUUAAAAGAGCAUCAGCUCAUUCACACAGGAGAGAGGCCCUUCCAGUGUCUGGUCUGUGGCAAAUGCUUUCUGCACAUCUGGAGACUCAGAAAACACCAGAAGACACACACACACACACCGGACUAACAUAGACACCGGACUAGCACACACGCCGGACACGCUGGACGUCUCUGUAUGCUUUGAAAGAGCAGCAACUGUAGUGUUCUACUACUGCUACUAAUACUAGAAUUCUGUGUUCAAUUCCUGGGACCACCCAUACGUGAAUGUGUGCAUGCAUGACUGACUGACUGUGAGUUGCUUUGGAGAAAAGCAUCUGCUAAAUGACUAUUAUUAUUAUUAAUCUCAGCAAUCCAGAACCAACAAAAAUAAUUAAAUUCACUUUAAUAGCUUGUAGUAGGGAUCUGCUUGUGAGUAUUCAAAUGACAUAUGUGUACAGAGGGGGUAUACUACAAAGCAGGAUCAAUUAGUUAUCCAGGUAACUUUGGUAAGCAACCAGAAAUAUCUAUUGAUUUUCUGUCUAAUUAAUAAAUUCAAAAUUAGAUAUGCGUUUUUGGUUGAGUCAGUUAAACAAUUUUUGUAUUUUUAUUUCACCUUUAUUUGACCAGGUAGGCUAGUUGAGAACAUGUUCUCAUUUACAACUGCGACCUGGCCAAGAUAAAGCAAAGCAGUUUGACACAUACAACAACAGAGUUACACAUG